ACGUGAAGCAUGCCGGGACUAGCUUUCUAGCCUCCCAGCAGCCCCUGCGACGGGCGUACGUAAGGAACUAGCUGGCUACGGCGGUUCUCCGUAAGAUGGCGGACCGGCGGCGGCAGCGAGCUUCGCAGGACACAGAGGACGAAGAGUCUGGUGCUUCCGGCUCAGACAGCGGCGGUUCCCUGGCGCGGGGCGCCGGGGGCUGUAGCAGUAGCGCUGGAGGCAGCGGCAGCGGCUCUCUACCUUCCCAGCGCGGAGGCCGAGCCGGGGCCCUCCAUCUGCGGCGGGUGGAGAGCGGGGGUGCCAGGAGCGCUGAAGAGUCUGAGUGUGAGAGUGAAGAUGGCAUCGAGGGCGAUGCUGUUCUCUCGGAUUAUGAAAGUGCAGAAGACUCAGAAGGCGAAGAAGGGGAGUACAGUGAAGAAGAAAACUCCAAAGUAGAGUUGAAAUCAGAAGCCAAUGAUGCAGCUAAUUCUUCAGCGAAAGAAGAGAAGGGAGAAGAAAAGCCUGACUCCAAAGGCACUGUGACAGGAGAGAGGCAGAGUGGGGACGGACAGGAGAGCACAGAGCCCGUGGAGAACAAAGUGCCCAAGCACUUGGAUGACGACGAAGAUCGGAAGAACCCAGCGUACAUACCACGGAAAGGGCUCUUCUUCGAGCACGACCUUCGAGGGCAAACUCAGGAGGAGGAAGUCAGACCCAAGGGGCGUCAGCGAAAGCUGUGGAAAGAUGAGGGUCGCUGGGAGCAUGACAAGUUCCGAGAAGACGAACAGGCCCCGAAGUCCCGACAAGAGCUCAUUGCUCUUUAUGGAUACGACAUCCGCUCAGCUCACAAUCCUGAUGACAUUAAACCCCGAAGAGUCCGGAAACCUAGGUUUGGGAGUCCUCCACAAAGAGAUCCAAACUGGACUGGUGAGCGGCCAAACAAGCCUUAUCGCCACCAGGGUCCUGGGGGCACCCUACCACCAAGGACAUUUAUCAACAGGAAAGCUGCAGGUACUGGCCGCAUGUCUGGUCCCAGGAAUUACUCUCGAUCUGGUGGCUUCAAGGAAGGUCGUGCUGGAUUUAGGCCUCUGGAGGCCGGUGGGCAGCAUGGUGGCCGGUCCGGUGAGACUGUUAAACAUGAGAGUAGUUACCGGUCACGACGCCUGGAACAGACUCCUGUGCGGGACCCAUCUCCAGAAGCAGAUGCUCAAGUGCUUGGCAGUCCUGAGAAGGAAGAGGCAGCCUCAGAGAUCCCAGCUCCUGCUGCUGACACUGCACCACCACCCCCCGACAGGCCUGUUGAGAAGAAAUCCUAUUCCCGGGCAAGAAGAACCAGAAUCAAAGCUGGAGACGCAGUCAAGGUAGCAGAGGAGGUGCCUCCUCCCCCUGAAGGGCUGACCCCAGCACCUCAAGUCCCAGAAACUACUCCUCCUCCACCUGCUAAGACUGGGAACUGGGAAGCUCCAGUGGAUUCUACCACAGGUGGGCUUGAGCAAGAUGUGGCCCAACUAAACAUAGCAGAACAGAAUUGGAAUCCAGGACAACCUUCAUUCCUACAACCACGUGAACUUCGGGGAAUGCACAACCACAUACACAUGGGAGCAGGACCUCCUCCUCAGUUCAACCGGAUGGAAGAAAUGAGUGUGCAGGGUGGGCGAGCCAAGCGCUAUUCAUCUCAGCGGCAGAGACCUGUGCCCGAGCCUCCUGCCCCCCCUGUGCAUAUCAGCAUCAUGGAGGGCCAUUACUAUGAUCCACUGCAGUUCCAGGGACCAAUCUAUACCCAUGGUGACAGCCCUGCCCCACUGCCUCCUCAGGGCAUGAUUGUGCAGCCAGAAAUGCACCUUCCCCACCCAGGUUUACAUCCCCAUCAGACACCAGCGCCCCUGCCCAAUCCGGGCCUCUAUCCCCCACCAGUUUCCAUGUCUCCAGGACAGCCACCGCCUCAGCAGUUGCUUGCUCCUACUUACUUCUCUGCUCCAGGAGUGAUGAAUUUUGGUAAUCCCAGUUACCCUUAUGCUCCGGGGGCACUGCCUCCCCCGCCACCUCCUCAUCUAUAUCCUAAUACACAGGCCCCAUCACAGGUAUACGGAGGAGUGACUUACUACAACCCGGCCCAGCAGCAGGUGCAGCCAAAGCCCUCCCCACCCCGGAGGACCCCCCAGCCCGUCACCAUCAAGCCCCCCCCACCUGAGGUUGUAAGCAGGGGUUCCAGUUAAUACGAGUUUCUGAAUAUUUUAAAUCUAACACGAUAUAAAAAACUGCAGGGGCGAGGGCCCAGGAAAGAAGAGACACGCAGCCAGCUGUUUACUACCAGGAGGGCUUCAACGGUGGGGGGCGCCCCCGCCAGGAAGCAGCUGAAUGAAGAGGACCCCUGCCUUCCUAUGAGGAUAAGGUCUGAUACAGCGAGAAAGGGAGACACAAGCGGACUUCCACCCGUUUCCACUCUGCACUUGAGUGAGCCGUGCUCGGGGGAGCGGAGGCCCGGACUGCCCGGACCACCGCGUCUGCGUCUGCGUCUGGAAGCCCAGGUUUUCGGCUCUUCUUCACUUUGUCCUGGGAAACUUUGCUUCUCCCAGGGAAGCUCCUUCCUGUUUGUUUUGUUUUCUAAGAUGUUUGUUUUUUAAAGCCUGGCUUGUUACUCUUAAAUUAAUAUUCUUUAGUUUCUCCUUCUUUGUCUCUCUGUCUCUCUCUCUCUGCCUUUAAAUGAGACAAGUUUAUUUUUCUGGUUUACUGCCUUCUCUGGUUCCCUUUUGGUUCUUCCCUGCAACCCAGAUCAUUGAGAAUUUACCAGCUGAGCUGGUCUUUUCCCACCAAGUCUGCAGAGGUGGCCUUUCACUUUUGGUUGGCCUGUGUUAUUGUAUACAUGGAUUCUCUUAACUCUUCAAAACUCAAAGUUUGUGGUAGGAGUCUUUCUUCUUGACUUGGUGGACUUCGGGCCUCUACUGAGAGCAAAGUCUCUACAGUGGGAAGAGAUGGCGAAUCAAGUGUUUCUGUGAGAAAGGGAGGGUGGGGUGAGAGCCUUUGCCCCUUAGGGAUAUGUAUUCACAGAGUCCCUAGGGGGUUCAGUCUCCGAGGUAAGUGAAAUCAGAGGGCCCUGCUUUUACUUCCAUCCCUCCUGCCACACCCCCUUUUCCAGUUGCUGUGGACCAAUGUAUCUCUCUAGAGGCAAAUACUAUCCAGCAAGCAGUCUACCUGCCCUUUAUUAUUCAUGUCUUUCCUGCCACAAGUGUUGUAGAUGUUACUACCUUAUUCUCCUGUCCUUGCAAACAGAAGAAGAUACUGCACCUGGGCUUAAGGCCUAAGGAAGCCAGUCAGUUUGCAGCAAGGGCUCCUUUCCUCCCUGUCCAUGGCACUGAACCACUCUCCUGCUGCCUCUGCGGAAGAGGUUCCUGUUACUGCCACACUUGUGUCUGCUGGGUCACCCCAGCACUGGCCACACUUGUGUCUGCUGGGUCACCCCAGCACUUGGCCACGGUCUCUGUCCUCUGUAGAACCUAAGGGAGAAGGUGGCAGCUGUGUCUCUCCCCAAGUUGUGUCACUAUUCCUAUUCUCUUAAGCAGCUGGCCCGACCACUUUGAGUCAUAGGUGUGUGGGGAGGGAGGAGAGGCACUCAAGCUGUAACCCCGAAGGAGGAAAUAACUAAGAGAUUCUCCCAGAGGUGACCGGUGGUUGUGCCUUUUGUAGGCUGUUCCCUUUGCCUUAAACCUGACAAUGUCUCCUCAAGCCUGUGGGCAGCAUGCCCAGAUUCCCAGACCUUAAGACACUGUGACAGUUGUCUGUUGGUUCACUGUAUUUUGUUGCAAGAAUUCCUCCAUGUGUGUUAUUACUGUUUUAAAGGGUACACAUUUGUGAUGGGUAUUGUGACUUGAAGAUAAUAAAAUUUAGACUGUAAACUUG